UCUCUCGCUAUUCCGGCCCAGGGAGAAACCCGCGAUGUGGGACAGUCCCUUGCCCUAGCUGGUGCCCAGCGACCUCACAGAGGCCCAGCGGCGACGUAGGCGGGCUGGCCGGCGGCUAACCAGACACCGCUCCGUCGAGGCACGGCCAAGCGACUCGCAACCCGCCCGGCCAGCAACCAGCUCCUCUCUAGCAUUGCACAGUUCAUGAUGAAAAUCACCCUCAAGAGACAAGCAAAGAUGAGCCUGGUGGACAUAACCAAGAUUUUCUCCAUGCUCCAGCCCAGUGAAGAUGAAGAAGGUGAUGAAGAAAGACAGGAGCUGAAUCUCGCCGUCUCCCAGGACAACUACAGACUUCUGGAUGAACUGUUGCGCCAAGAGAGAUACAGGCGGUUCAUUAACAGCAGGAGCGGCUGGGGGGUGCCAGGGACCCCGCUCCGGCUGGCAGCUUCAAAGGGCCACGUGAGGUGCGUCAAGGUCCUCCUGGCCCAUGGAGCCGAAGUGGACAGCCUGGACGUGAAGGCCCAGACACCACUCUUCACAGCUGUCAACAACGGCCACCUCAACUGCGUGAUUGCCCUCUUGGAGGCAGGGGCCAGUCCUUCUGGCAGCAUCCACAACAAUUGCACCCCACUGCUCACGGCUGCAAGAGAAGGGGACAUCGACAUCCUUCAAGAACUUUUAGAACAUGGGGCAGAGGCCAAUGUCAAAGCCAGAGUCCCGGAGUGGGCGGCCAACUCUGUUGCCUGCUCGGGCCCUUUGUACCUGUCCGCUGUCUAUGGGCACUUGGAGUGUUUCAAGAUGCUGCUGCUCCACGGUGCAGAUCCCAACUACAACUGCACCGAUGAGAAGAUGAUCACCCGCAUUAAGCACCCAAAGAGUCUCCUGGAAAUCUGCUUGAGGCACGGAUGUGGAGCGGAAUUCGUCAAACUCCUGAUAGAUUUUGGAGCCAAUGUUUACCUACCGGGUAUUGUGCUCGAUAAGAUCUCAGUGAACUCUGAGAUGCUGGAUUUGUUGGCCAGAGAAAGAGCUGUCCCCAAAUCCUUGAUGUCGCAAUGCAGACUAGCAAUCAGGAAGUUCCUAAAACUGGCCAACCAUCCCUUUGCUGUGGAUCAACUGGAUAUCCCACUGUCGCUGCUGAACUACCUCAAACACCGGUCGUAACUGAAGAUCAAAGUUGGAACUGCCCAGGGCUACCAAGUAUUGUAACUGAUUAAGGGUAAAGCAAGAAAAGAACAUUCUAAGAAUAGAAAGAAGCGUGAA